AUAUGUCGUAUAUAUACAGCUGACAAUACCAGGUGCCCAUAAUAGGAGUUUACACCGAGGAUAGAACAGCGUCUGACGAGAUCAUUGUUGUGUGAUAUACCCUGUAAACACGGCUGUGUUAACGUAGUGGUGUAGCUGGUGAAUUUAACUAAACAGGCAGGUCUUUAAUUCAACAAGAUGUCCCUGGUGUUGAUGACGUGGGGAAUACUGUUUUGUAGUGUAAUUGACUACACAUCGGCUGAUGCCAUACAGUUGAUACUCGUUAACAAUGCUUCAUGCUCUUUAGUGAUUGAUUACCUGAAUGAGUUUGAUUCCUGUCAGUUAAACUGGGAGGGUGAUGUACUUCCCCCGAACUGUCAACUCCGUUUUAACGCGAAGAGCAUCAUAGCCUCAGAGAGACGCGACAAAUACAAAGUCUGUGUGGAGACCUUCGAAUAUCAUAUCACAAAAUGCAAUUUGAAAAUGAAGUAUUAUUCAGAAGGCAAACAUGGCACAAUCCAGGAACAUAGCAGCGGAACUUCACAACAACACAAGUUUUGUGCUGCAGAAGGAGACACGUUGUUGAUAGGAUUGUCCAGUACGGUUCCAUCCGACUCUUCCUUCCAGCUGAUGGUAACUGCAGUGAAAACUUACACCCAUGAGGAGAAGAACUUGUAUCUAGUAUACAUUGUGGUCGCCAGUCUGUCCCUCCUGUGUAUAAUGAUAUCCUGUAUCAUAAUCCUGGUGGUAUGUAAGAAACAGAAACAGGCCCAACACUCCAGGACUGGGAGCCAAACCACGACUCCAUAUAAUGCCUCCAUGGUACAAGGUGCUUUCCCCUCCGAUGGUAUCUAUAACCAGGGAUACGUCAACACAGAGAAAGAUCUCUAUCAACAUGAAAUAACCAUCAGGCCUCCAGAAUACUCGGAGAAGGAGGACAAGACAAACCCACCUCCCUACACGACAGUUAGUGAGCAUGCAACACUAUCGUGAACUGUACAGGGUAAUUUUCUUUCAAGUGUUCAAAUUUUAUCACUAAGUAACCAAAAGAAUGAUACUGACAUUUUUUAUAUAAAAAAUAAAUACUUGAUGUUAUUUGUUUUGAAAUAGGAAAUAAUCCUUCAGACAGAAAGAAGGGAAGAAAAAAGAAAGAAAGUAUCAAUUGUAUUGUGAUAUUUUUCGAAUGACAUUAAGCUUUUUCAUUAUGUUAUUUCCCCCCAGUUUUUAUGUAUAUACUAAUAAUAUUUAAGAGUAUUUGUGAACUAUUUUUAAAGUAUUAUUUCUGGUAUUACCAUUUUGACACUACGUUAUAAAAAAAAAUCUGACAGGAAAGGUUGUAGAGUAAGUAAACUGAACAAAGUUCCAUAAUAACAUCAACAUUUGUUUUUAUUGAAUGUCCUUAAAUAUUUAAAAUAUUUACGUCUUCAAUUCACAGAUUGAUUUGAUUCGCAUAAUAGUAUAUAAAAAUAAGUUCACAAAAUGUGAGAAAGCAUUACGCGCAAACGUGGAUUCACAAAUUUUGCAUAUACACAAAUGUAUUCCUACGCGACAGACUGGACUUUACUAAAGGAAUAAUAUUUAUUUUUUCAACAUUCAUUUGGUCAUAACAACAUUGGCUUCUGGACAUAUUCAAUGAAUCGCAUCAUAUACAACAUUUAUUCUGUCAGAUUUUUGGAGUAAGUUUCAUGUUUUGAACAUUUAGAAGACCGUAACAACAUUUGUCUUAUGUAAAUAUUACAUGGAUCAUGUUUAUUUAAAAAGAACACGAGAAUAAGAAAAAGUCCGACGGCGGAGAGCAUUACACGUGGUAAUGCGGUCCCCGAUUCUACUACGCACUGUGAUGAGUCUAAUGUUGUUAUGAAAAAUGAAUUCAAUUUUCGCUAAUGCUUUCAAGCAUACAAAUUUUAAUAUUGAAGUGUAAAAGGCCAAUUUCGUUUGUAAGGUCGAAUAGAGAAAUCAAACCAAACAUGAAAAUAUUUAUCAAUAAAAAAUUGUCCAUGUCCAUGUUAUUUAUAAUAUAUAUUUUUUUCUCAAUACCGGUUAUACAAGAUAUUUGUACAUAAUUAUAAUUUUCAUUUGUUUUAUUUACAUUUUGUUUGAAUAAAAUAUGGUAGAUUGAAGGUUUUACCUGUUCAUUCAAGACAUA